AUGGACGGAAAGACGAGGAGCCAACUAUCGGGUAUUAUCCUGACGCUAUGGAUGUUUUUAGAGUGUAUAGAAGCUAAGAAGUACUGCUGGUAUUUUGAGGGAGGAUACCCCAUCUACUUCAUAUGCCGUUCUUACGAGGACUGCUGUGGGACCCGGUGCUGCGUCAGAGCCCUCUCCAUCCAGAGGCUCUGGUACUUCUGGCUCCUGUUAAUGAUGGGAGUACUCUUUUGCUGCGGAGCAGGCUUCUUCAUUCGCCGACGCAUGUACCCAUCUCCUCUCAGCGAGGAGCCAGCCUUCAACGUGUCCUUUACCAGACAGCCUGUCAGCACUCCAGUGUCCCAGCAGCCUGGUAUUCAGGGAUUCGGUGACCCUGCUGCCACCAUGACAACGCCUCUGACGCCCGCCUACCCAGUUCAGCCAAACGGUGCCCACAUGAUGAACGCAUACCCACCUCCACCUUCAUACUGCAACCAUCCACCUCCACCUUAUGACCAGGUCUUCAACACUACAGAGAAGAAGUAG